UAUAAUUUAAAAGGAAAUGGCGUGUGAUGGAAAGGAAUUGGCAAGGCGGGAUAAAAGGCCUACCAACGGAUUGAUAUCGAAUAUUCGAAGCCAUCAAGGAAAUGUUUAGAUAACAACCAAAGAAACUGAAGAAUAUAAAGCACAAGGACAGAAGACGAACAAACAUAAAGCGCGAGUGUGCACAAGAAAGGAAUCCGGUUGAGAUUUAGAAAAUACAAAAUCGUUGGAACGAUGAAAGAGAGUCACAUAUUGCUUAUCCUUCUGUUUGUCUUUGUCUCUUUUGCUUCGUCUUCUAAACUUAACAAAGAGUACAUUUCUAAGUACACAGAAAAAUUAAAUGUUUUGGGCAAAGAUCUUCUUUUGAAGUUUCGACCUACUACAGAAACCAAGAACGUCUCACAACAUGGAAAUCUUUCAUACUGCCCAAUAAAUCCACAGCUUCGCAAGCAAAUUCAACAGCUAUUUGCAUAUGAAACAAAACAUGAUGUCAAAUAUUCGUCUGAAGAUAGCAUUGUUCGACAAAGAAGAAAAAGACGUUUGAGCAAAAGAGAAACGAUAACCUGGUCGUUCAGCUGCGUUCAAGCUGCUUUCGUAUUUGUCAAUGGUAUUUUGUCAAUUAACAUUCCCACAAUGCAAUGUUGUGAACAAUGUAGUUUCCCAGCCUUCAGCCUUUGUGUGGCCCAAGGCAAAGGCAAGAUUUGCCUACAGGAGGGGAUUCAGUGUAUUGAUACAUGUAUUAAGACACAUAUAUAUCAGUGUAGUCUCUCAGUCGGUGUGAUUGCUCAAUCAUCUAUUGGUCUUACUCCAAGCAAGCCGAGUCGAUGCUCUACAACAACAAAAUUUAUCAAUUCAACGGCUUGCAUUGAACGUGAAUGCAUUCCAGUAAACGUAGGAGCAACAUACAGAUAAAUGAGUAUGUUGUAACAAUUAACAUAUUCUUAAUUUCUAUGUCGUUAGGUGAGAAGUAAAUAAUUACUUUUAUUACGAAGUAGGUUUUAUAAAAGACGCCGAUAGACACACCACCAAUUUUCAUAAUAAAAUUCCAUGUAACAAGACGGUUUUUUUCAUCUUAUUUAUCUAAAUGCAAUAAAAGUAUUUUGCAACAAG